AUGUCGGACAGUGAAAUGUUAGUGUUUGGAGAGGCAGCCCCAUAUCUGCGCAAGUCUAUGAAGGAAAGGCUAGAAGCUCUACACCGACCUUUCGAUGCUAAAUCUGCCUGCUUCGUGCCUGACGAGAAGAACUUGUUUGUACCAGGCACCGUGAAAAGCAAGGACGGGGGAAAUGCUACGGUGGAGACUUUCGACAAACGGACAGUAACUGUCAAAGAGAGUGAUGUCUACCCAAUGAACCCGCCCAAAUUCGACAAAGUCGAAGACAUGGUGGUGAUGACUCACCUCCAUGAAGCAUCUGUGCUGAAUAACCUCAAAGAGCGUUAUGCUGCCUGGAUGAUCUAUACCUACUCUGGGCUCUUCUGUGUCACUGUGAAUCCCUACAAGUGGUUGCCAGUGUACAACACCGAGGUAGUGGUUGGUUACAGAGGAAAGAAACGCCAGGAAGCUCCUCCACAUAUCUUCUCCAUCUCUGACAACGCCUAUCAGUCCAUGUUAACUGGUCGUGAAAACCAGUCUAUCUUGAUUACUGGAGAAUCCGGUGCUGGGAAGACUGUGAACACCAAACGUGUCAUCCAGUACUUUGCACUAAUUGCAGUGACUGGCGACGCAAAGAAAUCUGUGAAGGUGCAGGGAAAUCUGGAGGAUCAAAUCAUCCAGGCGAACCCAUUGCUGGAGGCCUUCGGAAAUGCCAAGACAAUGAGAAAUGACAACUCCUCUCGCUUUGGAAAAUUCAUCCGUAUUCACUUUGGAACAACGGGAAAACUGGCUUCCGCAGAUAUUGAAACCUAUCUGCUGGAAAAGUCCAGAGUGACCUUCCAGCUGAAAGCUGAAAGAAGUUAUCACAUUUUCUACCAAAUGAUGAGCAACUGCAAACCAGAACUUAUUGAAAUGUGUCUCAUUUCGACCAAUCCCUAUGAUUUUCCAUCCAUCAGCCAGGGCGAAAUUACUGUGCAGAGUAUCAAUGAUUCAGAAGAAUUGAUAGCAACUGAUAGCGCUAUUGAUAUUCUGGGCUUCAACUAUGAAGAGAAAUGUGGUAUCUUCAAGUUGACCGGUGCAGUGCUGCGCUUUGGCAACAUGAAAUUCAAGCAGAAACAACGGGAGGAGCAGGCUGAGCCGGACGGUACCGAAGAUGCCGAUAAAGUUGCAUACCUAACAGGGCUCAACUCAGCAGAUUUGCUCAAAGCUUUGUGCUACCCAAGGGUAAAAGUCGGCAAUGAGUUUGUGACCAAAGGUCAGACUGUCCCACAGGUGUACAACAAUAUUGGAGCCCUUGCAAAAUCAAUCUUUGAGAAAAUGUUCUUGUGGAUGGUGAUACGCAUCAACCAGCAACUGGACACAAAACAGGCCAGACAGCAUUUCAUUGGUGUCCUGGAUAUUGCUGGAUUUGAAAUUUUUGAUUACAACAGCUUGGAACAGCUGUGCAUCAACUUCACCAACGAGAAACUGCAACAGUUUUUCAACCAUCACAUGUUCGUCCUGGAACAAGAGGAAUACAAGAAGGAAGGAAUUGAUUGGGAAUUCAUUGACUUUGGUAUGGAUCUGGCUGCCUGCAUUGAGCUUAUUGAAAAGCCCUUGGGUAUCUUCUCCAUCCUGGAAGAGGAGUGUAUGUUCCCGAAGGCCUCAGAUACAUCCUUCAAGAACAAGCUGUAUGACCAGCAUCUUGGCAAAUCAAACAAUUUCCUAAAGCCCAAGCCUGUCAAAGGAAGGCCUGAAGCGCAUUUCUCCCUGGUCCAUUAUGCCGGCACUGUGGACUAUAACAUCACUGGCUGGCUGGAAAAAAAUAAGGAUCCACUGAAUGAAACUGUUGUUGGAUUGUUCCAGAAAUCUUCAGUGAAGCUUUUAGCUCAGCUCUAUGCUGCAUCUGCAGCUGAAGGUAAACUCCAUUUGCAUUCCAACAUAUAUAUUCUUUUUAGUGAAUUCUAUGGUGCUGACAGUAAUCCCAAAAAAGGCGGCAAGAAGAAGGGUUCUUCCUUCCAAACAGUAUCUGCUGUGUUUAGGGAAAACCUAGGGAAGUUGAUGGCUAACUUGAGGACAACACAUCCACAUUUUGUACGCUGUUUGAUCCCUAAUGAGACAAAGACACCGGGCUUGAUGGAUAAUCACCUUGUCAUACACCAGUUGAGGUGUAAUGGUGUGCUUGAAGGUAUCAGAAUCUGCAGAAAGGGAUUCCCGAGCAGAAUCCUCUAUGCUGACUUCAAGCAAAGAUAUAGGAUUCUUAAUGCAAGUGCCAUCCCUGAAGGUCAGUUCAUUGACAGCAAGAAGGCCUGCGAGAAGUUACUGGGAUCAAUUGAAAUUGAUCACACCCAGUAUAGACUUGGACACACUAAGGUGUUCUUCAAGGCUGGCCUCCUGGGCACACUAGAGGAGAUGAGAGAUGAAAAGCUGGCACAGCUUGUUACCAGCAUACAAGCCCUAUGCCGUGGCUACCUAAUGAGAAUUGAAAUGAAUAAGAUGAUAGAAAGAAGGGACAGCCUGUACAGUAUCCAGUAUAAUAUCCGUUCAUUCAUGAAUGUCAAACAUUGGCCAUGGAUGCUUCUGUACUUCAAGAUCAAACCUCUUCUGAAGAGUGCAGAAACUGAAAAGGAAAUGGCAAAUAUGAAAGAGGAGUUUGAGAAGACAAAGGAAGCAUUUGCUAAAUCAGAAGCAAGAAGGAAGGAACUUGAGGAGAAAAUGGUGUCACUCGUGCAGGAAAAGAAUGAUCUUAUGGUCCAAGUCCAAUCGGAAGGUGAAACUCUAGUGGAUGCUGAAGAGCGAUGCGAGGGGCUCAUUAAAAACAAAAUUCAACUGGAAGCUAAAAUGAAAGAAUUGAAUGAGAGAUUGGAGGAUGAAGAGGAAACGAAUGCUGAACUCACAGCUAAGAAGAGAAAACUGGAAGAUGAAUGCUCAGAACUGAAGAAAGAUAUCGACGACUUAGAGCUGACAUUAGCUAAGGUUGAAAAGGAGAAGCAUGCCACAGAAAACAAGGUUAAAAAUCUUACAGAAGAAAUGGCUGCCCUUGAUGAAAAUAUUGCCAAAUUAGCAAAGGAAAAGAAAGCUUUGCAGGAAGCCCAUCAGCAAACUUUGGAUGACCUGCAGGCUGAGGAAGACAAAGUCAACACUCUCACAAAAAUGAAGACUAAGUUGGAGCAGCAAAUUGAUGACCUUGAAGGUUCUCUGGAACAAGAGAAAAAGGUUCGUAUGGACCUUGAGCGAGCCAAAAGGAAGAUGGAAGGUGAUUUGAAACUAACACAAGAAACCAUAAUGGAUUUGGAGAACGAUAAGCAGCAACUGGAUGAAAAGCUAAAGAAGAAGGAAUUUGAAAUCAAUCAACUUCAAGGCAGUGUUGAAGAUGAGCGGGUUUUGAGUUCCCAGCUACAAAAGAAGAUUAAGGAAUUGCAGGCUCGUAUCGAAGAACUGGAGGAGGAAAUUGAAGCUGAACGUGCAGCUCGUGCUAAGGCAGAGAAGCAGAGGGCUGACUAUUGUCGUGAACUGGAGGAAAUCAGUGAAAGGCUUGAAGAAGCCGGUGGUGCAACUGCCGCACAGAUUGAGAUGAACAAGAAACGGGAAGCAGAAUUCCAGAAAAUGCGCCGUGAUCUGGAAGAAGCCACACUGCAGCAUGAAGCCACAGCUGCUGCUCUUCGUAAGAAGCAGGCCGAUAGUGUGGCAGAACUUGGAGAACAGAUCGACAACCUCCAGCGUGUGAAACAGAAGCUGGAAAAGGAAAAGAGCGAGCUGAAGAUGGAAAUCGAUGAUCUGGCCAGCAACAUGGAAUCUGUAACUAGAUCCAAGGGUAACCUUGAGAAGCUAACUCGCACUCUUGAAGACCAAGUCACUGAACUGAAGACUAAACAUGAUGAGCAUCAACGUCUGAUUAAUGACUUAUCAACUCAAACAGCACGUAUCAAAACGGAAAAUGGUGAACUGAGUCACCAGGUAGAGGAGAAGGAAGGCUUCAUUUCUCAGCUGACAAGAGGAAAACAAGGAUUUACUCAGCAGAUUGAGGAACUCAGAAGACAUUUGGAGGAGGAAAUAAAGGCUAAGAAUGCACUGGCUCAUGCCUUGCAAUCCUCCCGCCAUGACUGUGAUUUACUCCGUGAGCAAUUUGAAGAGGAACAGGAGGCAAAGGGAGAGCUCCGGCGUGCAAUGUCAAAGGCUAAUUGUGAAGUCAUUCAGUGGAGAACAAGAUACGAAACUGAUGCGAUCCAGCGUACGGAGGAACUGGAAGAGGCCAAGAAAAAACUUGCUCAGCGUCUUCAGGAUGCAGAGGAGCACAUUGAGGCUGUGAACUCCAAAUGUGCUUCCCUGGAAAAGACAAAACAGAGACUGCAGAGUGAGGUUGAUGAUCUCAUGAUAGAUGUGGAAAGAGCAAAUGGAGCUGCUCUAGUUCUUGAUAAGAAGCAGAGGAGCUUUGAUAAGAUUCUGGCAGAAUGGAAGCAGAAAUUUGAGGAAGGUCAGGCUGAACUGGAAGCAGCUCAGAAGGAAGCUCGUUCUCUAAGCACUGAGAUCUUCAAGAUGAAGAAUGCCUAUGAGGAAUCUCUGGACCAACUUGAAACUCUUAAACGAGAGAACAAGAACCUACAGCAGGAGAUUUCCGAUCUGACUGAACAGACCGCUGAAAGUUGCAAGAGCCUUCAUGACCUAGAAAAGGCCAAGAAAGUAACAGAGCAAGAGAAGAGUGAAAUCCAAUCUGCUUUGGAGGAAGCUGAGGCAUCUUUGGAACACGAAGAGAGCAAAAUCCUCCGUAUUCAACUUGAACUGAACCAAGUGAAGUCUGAAGUUGAUAGAAAAAUUGCAGAAAAGGAUGAGGAAAUUGAUCAGCUGAAGAGGAAUAACCAGAGGGUUGUGGAUACCAUGCAGAGCACCUUGGAAUCUGAAGUCAGGAGCAGGAAUGAUGCUCUAAGAAUCAAAAAGAAGAUGGAGGGAGAUCUGAAUGAAAUGGAGAUUCAGUUAGGCCAUGCCAAUCGCCAGGCUACAGAGGCUCAGAAACAUCUCAGAAACCUGCAGGGUCAACUCAAGGAUACCCAGUUACAACUGGAUGAUGCUUGCAGAGGCCAAGACGAUCUGAAGGAACAGAUGGACAUGGUUGAGCGCAGAAGCAAUUUACAGCAGACUGAGAUUGAGGAAAUGAGAGCUGCUUUUGAACAGACAGAGAGAGCUCGCAAAGUGGCUGAGCAAGAACUCCUGGACACAAAUGAGAGGGUCCAACUGCUGCACUCCCAGAACGCAGGUCUUAUUAACACAAAGAAAAAGCUUGAGAGUGACCUGAGUCAGAUCCAGAGUGAAGUUGAAGAAACAAUUCAGGAUGCAGGAAAAGCUGAAGAAAAGGCAAAGAAAGCAAUCACUGAUGCCGCCAUGAUGGCAGAAGAACUCAAAAAGGAACAGGAUACCAGUGCUCACCUUGAGAGAAUGAAGAAGAACCUAGAGGUGACAGUCAAGGAUCUGCAGCACCGACUGGAUGAGGCUGAGCAGCUGGCAAUGAAAGGUGGAAAGAAACAGCUUCAGACACUGGAAGCUAGGGUACAUGAGCUGGAGAUUGAACUUGAAGCUGAGCAGAAGCGCAGCAUGGAUUCCCUCAAAACUGUUCAUAAAUAUGAAAGAAGAAUCAAGGAGGUGUCCUAUCAGUCAGAGGAAGACAGAAAGACUAUAAUAAGAUUGCAAGACUUGGUUGACAAACUGCAACUGAAGGUUAAGGCCUACAAGAGACAAUCUGAGGAGGUUGAGGAGCAGGCCAACAUUCACCUGUCUAAGUUUAGGAAAAUACAGAAUGAAUUGGGAGAGGCUGAGGAACGUGCAGAUAUUGCAGAAUCCCAGGUCAACAAACUGAGAGCAAAAACCCGCGACAUCAGCUCCAAGGUAUAA